UGGUUGGUUUUUUAACAUCCCCCACCAAAAUGAAAUUGUCACGACAUUAAAUAUGGGAUUUCAGAAGCUUAUUAAUCUCAAGCAGUUUCCACAGACGAUGGAGAAUGGGAAAAUAGAUUCAUGUUGAUCUGAGGUUUCAGUUUCUAUUUCUGGAUGGUAAGGAAAAGCUUCAGAAGUUCUCUACAAACAAUGUUAAUGGCCGGUCAAAUAGCGCAUUCAAUCCAAAUUAAGCUAGACCAUCCCGUAAAAGCCUCAAAUCAUGGAAAAAUUGGCUCUCCGUAGAUCUACUUAUUUACAACAUGGAAAUAAAACCGAGGAUUUUAGAGGGUCUAUGGUAUAGGCCCUAUGCUCAAACCGUUCGGCGCAUGCGCUUCACUUAUUACGUAUGCAACAUUAGACAAGGAACCGUUCUGCGUAUCCGAUAUUUUCGGCUGCAUCCGAAUCUGUUGUCUAGAGCUAGGUCUAGGUCUUCCCUCCAUUGGAAAUGUGUAUAGAUGCGUAGAAAGUAGACCUAGCCGUAUCUCUGGAAGCCCGUUUUGGACACGGCCUUAGCUGGUCCCUCAACAUCAUUAUGUACGAGGACUGAACGUGAGGUGCGCAAGAGUGAUGCCACACUAGCUACAUGAAUUUGAAGUGCACCCAGGGUUGAGUCAGAUUUUUCCGAUUCAAAAGACGACAUAUUUGGCGUCUCCUAUACCAGUCAACGUUUUAUAAUGGCGUGCAGUUGGAGCUAUGAGCAUCAAACACUACAGCCAGUGUUUUCUCAGCAAGCAAGGACAACGGCAGUCUCACACGAGCUACCGAAAAAGGUACAGGAAUGUCUCAUCGAGAAAUCAUUGUGCACGCUCAUGUCCAUUGGCAGACAGGGCGUGCCAAAGUUCAGAUCGGCGCUCCAGAAUGUUUUGAGUCAUUGCACUGCGGUCGCACCGUACAUGAACCCGCUGGAUGCGUUGGCAGCGGCAAACCAGGCAGUCCCCAGUCCCGAUGCUUUGGUUAACAUUCCCUACCCAAAGAAACGGGUAUACACAACGUUGGAAACAGCCAGGAUAGCGCACAGAUCACGACGUUUUAAGAAGUUAUUCCAAACGCCUGAUGCCGUGCUGGUGGCGGCACCGAUGGACAGCGAUUUGGAAAAGAAGAUGAUGGAUGAUGUCGUUGCUUGGAUUAAGAGCGACCCUGCUGGCACAGAGGAGUCGCUGGUUGAAGAACUUAUCCAGAAAAGCGAGAAAGAAAUUAACGUCCAUUGUCUUGUCUUGGAAAAUCUUGUCAAAAGGGGGAUUGUCUCAAUAAGUGGAGAUGCUCUUUACUUUUUCCAGUCAGUAACCAACCUCGGCGACUUGAUGAACCAGCGUCAGCCAACGAAAUUAAUCGAAGUUACAACUGCACGUGUCUUACAGAAACUGAAAGAAAUUCCACCCGCUCGCUUUCCCUUGACGUGUUCGGAUUUCGCUGAAAUUGUCCAGCCGGUAUGUAAAUGGGUGAUCACAUUACCACCAGCUCGACUCUUUGGAAUGAAUAGGAGACGGAUCAAGCACAGGGAAGUUGAAGACAAAGAGGAAACAUCAGGUACAAGGACUGUUGAGCCCCAGACAGGAUCAGGCCCAAACUCUGCUGUCCAACAGAACAAGAAGCUGGAGUUUGCCAUCGGGGUGCAGCCUGGAGAGAAUGACGUACGUCAGUGCAUUUCCAUCACACCAAAGGGACUGGUCGGUAUCGAAGCACCAAUCACAGACCGAAGCGCAGCUGCCGCAGCAUCAGAGUCGGACGAUAGCAACAGCAGGAUGCGUGCCUUAGGUCAAACCAAAGGCCUCUCCGAACGCUUCGUGAACCGUUUGACCGUCGCUGUACGCACCCAGAAUGCUGUUCUCGUGCCAGCCAACGACCGAGAAAGGGAGCACAUCAUCUCCAAAGUGACUGAAUGGGUUGCUUCUAAACGAAAGGCAGGCGGCGCAUCUGCUUCGUCUCCGAACCCGCCACAGCAAACGGUACCCAGCUUACAAGAGGAGCUGGCUAACAAGUGCGUAGGCAAAGUGCGACGUCUCAACCCCUCAACCAUCACCGACUUGCUCCAAAACGCGGGGUAUAUCAAAAUUGGUCACAACAACCAAGUUACCUACCGUCUGCCAACCGACCACAAAGACAGGACACCCUCCUGGCAACAGCAAACAGUCCAGACAGCCAUCGAGAGCUGCAGAUUUUCACACCUGAUGAGACAAGCUUACCCUCGUCGUCAGAAACGACAGAAAACUCGCAAUCCUAUCUGCGAUAUACCGAUUUACUUCAGUUGGCUAGAUCUCCAAAUGAUUCAGUGAGAAGGCUGCUUAAGGCAAAAACAUUGUAAAACACAUCUCUGAACCCAAUUUUUUGAAAAAUGAAUUGUCAGUUUGAUUUUUUUCAAAACAUAUUUGACAGUUGAUCACACUGAAAAAAUUGAGGGUAAUUUCUUAUUUUAAAGGCAUUUUAUUCAUGCAUACUGUGGUUACUAAUGCCUAUCAGUGUUCUUAUCCUGAAGCAUAAAUUACAAAGCAGUGGAAAGUGGGGGGUUGGGUUGACUCGCGCUUUUCAAAACUUGUCUAUGGCAUUGGGUAUAACCAGCAAGAAAUGAGACAGAGGGCUACCCCCCCCAACAUGUCCAAUCGCUAUACACACUCUAUAGACUAUUGUUUAUACCUAACACCCCCCAUGUCUGAAAAGCAUUCCCCAGAUUCCAGCGAGACAAUGACCAACACAAAACGGUGGGGGUGUCUCUCCGUCACAUAUCUUGCUUCAUGUGGGCAUGGAUGAAGCUGCGUUUAAGCUCCAGAACGGUGCUUUAAAAUAAUUCGUUAAAUAACAGUACAGCUUUCACUUCUGUUCCCUUCUUUUGUUUUCAUUAUUCAUUCAAUCUCUCUUUCCACUCUUUUCUUCUGCUGUUUGGCUGAGGUUGGUACCGUCCCUGGCAAACUUAAAUGAUAUAUGCAUAUCUGAUGAAGAGUUCAUUACUCCUCUUAUCAAGUAGAUUUCCGUAUACGCGUACUACUGUAAUCAGUGUUAUUACGCUUACGUAGCGUCUGUGCGUAAACGAGAUACGCUUAUCAGGUUAUCUCUCUUUUUGAAACUUUUAGAGCGUCGUCGAAUCAACUCUUUAAAACAGCAGAAAAGAAACAGCUAAACUAGUUCAGACUAGCAAAUGUAUCAUAAUCAUUUCUUACAUAUGUAUGCAUUGUUAUUACAAUAAUAACUUUAAUGGGUCCAGGUGAUGAAGUUUUAUUUUACUCCUUUUGGAGUUAAAUAUGUAUAAUGUGCACUUUGUAGACAUUUAAAAUUGACAACGCUUUUGUUAAAAAAUAUAAAGCGCUGUUGCUGUGAUGUCACUCGGGAAAGACUUUGCUGAGUUCUGAAGGUUUUCUAUUCAAAUGGAGAAUACAAAAUAUAAUAUAUAUUAUUAUACGGUAUAUAUUAUAUACAUAUGAUGUGUUCAAUCAUAAAUGUAUCAUUAAAGAAAAUGAAACUUACAAUAGCAAUGUUCCAGCAGUGUUUUGAGCAGUGCAACAUUGAGGUUUUCUUCCUGGAAUGACAUCACAGUUUUCUUCAUGAAUAUAGAAAUUCCCAUUAGAAUUUUAAAAAAGCACGAAGAUAGCAUCAAAAAUUAAACUAAAUAUUAGAUUAAUUGCAAAACGAGGGUACAUUGUCAAGGAUUGAUAAAUAAUUGCAUUCCAUGGACCUAAUAAUUUUAUGAUUGUGUCAGUGUUAAAAAAUACAGUUUUACGGCCGAUAGCCAGUUUUUCCGUGACAAGGACGGAUCCUUGCAGUAUGGGAGAGGGCGGAAGGGACCAUGCCCCACCCCAAAACGGAGUCAUUUUUAUAACGACAGAGAGGCAUUUUUGUGUAUUUCAUUUUUCGUCCUUAAAAAGCGUCUAGAAAGCCCCCAAAUGUAGCCUCAGCCCACGCCGAUUUACGUUAAAACUUCUGUUGACCCCAAAACAUGCUUAGCCCCCUAGAAAUCUGGUCUAGAUUCGUGUGUGAACGAUUAGAAGUUACUGAGUCGGAGCAAGCAGUGACCAUGAAGGGAAAGGAGAACGCAUUACUCUGGUAGCAGCAUGUUCCCAAUUGUCCUCAUUGCUAGUUUAUGCUACAUUUCAAAGCCUGUUGUAUCGCUAACUAGUGGUUGAUAAAAAUUAAUAAUAACUAAAAAGUCAUCACGAUCAGCAUUCUCAAAACUUGUAAAGACACUGAGGAAUAAACAGAUGCCUCAGUUGAAAGUUGAAUGCUGGGGAUGUUUAAUUCUUCUGCAGUCUGACGAUUGUCAGUAUUAUAGCUCCAUUUAAAUAAUAAUGUGCCGCUGUUUCCAUAAUGCAAAUGCGCCCUCAAUCUUAUUGCAAGGCCUGGGGAUUUCCCUUGAUGCGCAACAUCGUGUUAGCAUCUAAACGUAUGCGAAAUUCAGCUGGUUCCCGCUUUGGGUAAAGCGAAAUUUAAAGUAUCGGUACACCCGCGGACACACAUUAUCAAGGCAUUGAUAUUCAUAUUGUUUCUCCUCGACUUGGGUGUAUUUGCUGUAUAUUAAUAUUUGCUCAUUAUUGCACAGGUAUACCGAGCAAAACUGUGACGAGAAUUUCAGCUGUUCGUCAUGGCGUCCAAUGCGAUCCAGAGUUCAGUGCCAACGCCGUUGAACGGACAGAUACAAACGAUGAGUUCUCUGACGAACUUCCUAAAAAAAAACCCAGGAAUGCCUCCUGGAUAGAUCGGUUUGCACGCUCUUGGCAAACCGGGGGCCGGGUAGGAAGAACAAGCCAGUGCUUACAUGUAAAUCUGCUCUACAUAAUCAGGCUUUGAGCCACUGCACAGUAUAGUACUGUACAUGAAACCGCUGAAUGCGCUGGCUGUGGCUAACCGUCGAGAUAUUGCAACAGCAAUAUAAGAGUAUAUUCUCUGAGUUCAUUGCGAUGAAAUGGCGUUUCGCAAGAAAACGAAUACAGAGUUGGAUGAACUGCCUAAAGAAGCCCAGGAAUGCCUCAUGGAAAAGAUGUUGUGCACGCUGGUUGCAAUGGGACAGAACAGGCCAAAAUUCAGAACAACUCUCCAGAAUGCAUUGGGGCCUUGUACGGCACUUGCACCCUACGUGAAUCCGUUGGAUGCACUAGUCGAGGCAAACGAGGCAUCCACUGGACCGGCCGUUUCGGUGAUCGUUCCCCAUGCGAAGAGGCGGGUCUACACGGUGCUUGAAACGGUGAAGAAGGCAAGUAAAGCGAGGUUGGAAUCCAAAAAAUCGGAGGGACGGAAGUAUGAGUUGGCACCGCAGCAGAGCGAUGUAGAGAAGGAGAUUAUGAACAGUGCCAUCGAGUGGCUGCGAAGCUGUCCUGAAGGUACCGAGGACUCGCUUGUAGAUGAACUCAUCCAGAGGCUCGAGAAAAAAGUAGACAGCUCUAGGCUUGUUUUGGAAAAGCUUCAGAAAGCAAACUAUGUGACAGUGGAUGAACAUGGGGGAAUAGUGUACCAUUUUCUGCAAGCAGGCAGCAGUGCACAAAAGGCAGGACUGUCAUCUCAUCUAAGUAAUGCCCAAACCCGUGUGCUCUCCCUUCUGCUUAGCUGUCCUCCAAGAAGCCGGCCAUCCACGAUUGCUGAAUUUCUUGCUGUUGUUCAACCAAUUUGCGAGGUAUGGCUCACAGUUUCACCUGCCAGAUUUUUCGGUGUGAACUUGAGACAAAUUAAACACCGAGAAAUCAAGGACGAAACCAAGAAUGAAUCGGCAGUGGUAACCGUAAAAAUGAGGAAAUUGGCCAAGCAGAAAGUAAAAUUGGGGAAGGAAGCGGUAAGAUCUGAGCCGCAUGACUCAAAAUCUGAGGGAGAGUCAAAGGUGCAGGUGAAAACCGAAUUUUCCAUAGGAGUUUUUCCAGGAGAGAACGAUGCUCAAGACCUUAUUCCAGUCACCCCAAACGGAAUCACCGGUAUUGAAGUCUCAGCGUCUAGCCAGGCUGCCCCACCCAAAAGGCCCAAGGAACUCUCUGGGAAGAGAGCAGAUGACCCAGAGAGGAUGCGUGCGGUAGGUCAAACCAAAGGCCUCUCUGAAUGCUUCACAAACCGCCUGACCGUUGCUGUGCGCAGCCAGAAUGCUGUUCUCGUUCCUGCUGGUAACGAGGAAAGGAAAAACAUCAUCGGUAAAGUGACUGAGUGGCUUUGCUCGAUACGCAGCAGUAAAUCCACAGGGCAGUCUGCACCCCAAACAGUACCCAAGCUCCAGCGCGAACUUUCCAACAUGUGCGUGGGCAAAGUACGACGCCUCGACCCUUCAACCAUUAACGCCAUGCUCCAAGACUCCGGCAACAUAUCUAUCGACGGUGAUCACAAGGUGACCUACCAUCUGCCUUCAGACCGCGAAGGUAUUAAAAAAUCCUCCUGGCAGCAACAGACAAUUCAGGCCGCCGUCAAGAGCUGUAAUUUCUCAAGCCAGCUCAAGAAAGCUUUCCCCCGCAAACAAAAUAAGAAGGGAACAAAGUCCAGCAACACGGGUACGAAGAAUCAAAAUGUCAAACCACAGCGCAGCCAAGCAUCAACAGCACUUUAUCAAGCAGAUGAAUACUUCGAGGAAGAGUACUUUGGCAUCGACUGUGAUGGUUUCUACGAUGAUUAUGGGGACACUGAAUAUGAUGAUUUUGGUUACGAUGACUAUGAUGACUAUUUGUAAAGAAACAUGUUGGAAAUGGCUUGAGCCAUGAGCUUUUCAAUAUCAACGGUAUAAAUCAAUUACUUUCCUUGUGCCUUUACACAACUUCAUUGAAACUUUCAGUGUGCCAAGUUUGACCCUUUUAAUACACUUAGAAACGACAACGUGCAUUGCGACUUUCCAAAACUGUAUAUUUUUGCUUCUCAAAUACAACACUGGAGUUGAAAUAAUUAUCUUGAAGUGGGAACCUUGCAGGAAAUUUAAAUAGCAUUCUGUGCCAGAGUUGCCUAAAAGGGUAUGUUUCAUUUUUCAGCCAUUUAAUGUCAAUUAUAUUCAGUUUUAAACUGUAAUUGGUUUACUGUUGAAUAGUUAUCAUUAUUUCUAAUUAUAUGUAACUUUUGCAAUUGCCAUCCUGUAAAAGUUGCUUACUGGGAAGCAUGUUUUAGAUUGUACAAACGGCAUACUGUAUACAACGACACACAGAAAUGUGAUGAAAUUGUAUACAAGUACAGAAACAUUUGGAGAUGAAACAUUUUGUCUGAUGAAGUUACACUCGGAUUUAGCAAGGGCUUUUUGAAGCAGAAGACUAGUUUAUGUUGGUUUUUUGGGGGGCCCUGCAUGUCUGAAGUAUCACGUGAUGGGCAAAAUAUGUACUAUGUAGUGAUAGAAUAAGUAAGUGCUAGACAUGACUUACCAAAAUGUAAAUAGCUCUGAACUAGGAGACAAUAUUCAAACCACAUUUUUUCCUGUGUUUUUUUUCUCCUAUUUUAUUGACGCAGAAGUUGUGUAUAAUUUAGACAAGAAGAAUAUUAUACAGUACAAAAGAGGGCAUGCUUAGUAAAAUCAGCACUACGGUUCAAGGAAAAAGAUUAAAAAACAAGUUGUCAGUAAGUAGGCCUACUAUAAUUAGAUAACACAAAUGUUUCUUUUAGAAUUUACAUUUCCUAAAAUGAAAAGUAUUUUGUCAUUGCAGACAUAUAUUCAAUAACAUAUUGAUGUCUUAAAGUUUAUCUUGCUUGCUAGUAGGGAUAAGGAUUUCUUAAUACUUCUUAAACUAGUACAUGUACAUGUACGUGGGACUAUAUCUUGGCCGACCAGUUCAGGUCCAAAUUGUAAAACUUAGUGCAAUGAAAAACACAAGUCAGGAAUUUAUGCAGGCAAUACUAAACAGCAUCCCAAAUUUCCCAAUCUGAAUACAAUCGAGAAUCUUUCAGAUUGUGAUUAAUGAAAUGAAGGUGGCUUGACAAACUUCAUUCUAGGUCAUUACUGGUUGUGAAGGAAAUGCCACAGAGCGUACAGGUGUACCACUUAGGGUAUCUUUACUAUUAUGGAAGGAGCUCAAGGAAGCACUUGGAGAUUAAAGUCCCACCGUCCGUGUCAGUGCACAAGUGCGAUAUUUUUGUCUGCCCCUUUUCCUUUUCCAAUACUUUGAACACAAAACAAAAAUGACCAUGAGACAUUUAUUACGUACAUGUAUACCUCGACUACAGAAGAACAUUUUUACUUGAAUCAUUUCCUUUUCUUUGGAGUUUUUUAUUCAUGGCAUCUUUUCCAUUUACAAUGUUCAUAUCAAGCUACAUGUAUUUCUGCUGGCUGUACUCAUCCUACAUGUCCUAAGACUGUAAAAUUGUGACAUUACAUACAUGUACGUACACGUGAUACACAUUGAGGAAGUUUAGUUUAUUUUGCCCAAGUAGGGUAGGUAGGGUAUUCACUGUUGUCACACUUUGAUAAGGAUGUACAAAUAGCAUGAUUCUCAUCUUAUAUUGACCAAUAAUUUUCAUGUCUGUUUUAAUCUGGCGCAAAAUGAUGGUACAUGUACAGGUAGGCCUAUCCUGCUUUAAAGAUAAUUCAAUGAUUGACAUAGCAUUGCAAUUUCUAAAUCUUUCACAAAAAUAAUGGAGGCCCCCAAACCUAAAUCUACAAAUGGAUUUAUAUGUAUAAAGUUUUCAACGUUUAAAGCAAAACUUAACAAAAAAAAUCCUCAUGAAUUUACAAUGUUGUGGUUAUCAUACUAAUUCUAUUUCAUUAGAAAUACACAUACAUGUAUGGUACUUUGAUAGACUAGCUCCCCAUAGUUGUAAUUUCAACUGGUAGUUACAUUUUGGGGCAUUCAAGCAAACGCGCCAUACAUUGGACUUGUACCGGUAUAUCUAACAGCUGAACUGCCUGAACCUUUUUACACCUCCAAAAUAAAUUUUAUUUAAAAUACACGGAGGACUGAGAUUUACAUGUACAUAAUACUGUCAGAUACAUGUAUGCUCAUUCUGGUAUGGUAGCUACAUGUACAUGUACAACUUAGCUUUGCAGUAACAAUGUACACGUUUAUAUACACCAAUGCGAUUAUGAUAGAUGGGCAUAUGAAUGUAUUCUGCUCCACUUUCCUUUAUCACAAGAGAUGAGUAUUAAGUAGAGAGUCUAGAGACAAACUGGGAUAACUAUGGAAAUAAACUGGGAUAACUAUGGAAAUAAACUGGGAUUACUUUGGAAAUAAACUGGCAUAACUUUGGAAAUAAACUGGCAUAACUGUGGAAAUAAACUGGGAUUACUAUGGAAAUAAACUGGGAUAACUGUGGAAAUAAACUGGGAUAACAUGGAAAUAAACUGGGAUUACUGUGGAAAUAAACUGGGAUAACUGUGGAAAUAAACUGGGAUAGCUAUGGAAAUAAACUGGGAUAACUGUGGAAAUAAACUGGGAUAACUAUGGAAAUAAACUGGGAUAACUGUGGAAAUAAACUGGGAUUACUGUGGAAAUAAAUACAUUCAUCAGCCUGCUGUAUCUCAA